UGCCUCUAUAAAUCCCCAGGAGAAACUGCCCUGAGCCAGAAAGCCACCCCCACGCAGCUGAUCUUGACACAGAGGAUCAACCAAGUUUUCAGUGCACACCUACGACAGCUACAGGAACAGUAAAGAUGCGUGGUGCGGUGUUGGGAUGCCUGCUGCUGGUGUGUGCUGUGCUCCUGCUGGUCGAGCAAGCCGAGGGUCAUAUCACCUUCUUCAGCCCCCAACAGAUGGAGGAGAUGCGGUUAAAGGGAAAGGGCCCCCGUUCAGAGGACAAAACACCUGAGGAAACGUCAGUUCAGCCACUACCGCUGGAGGAGGAUCCCCAGGUCCAUGGCACAGAGGUUGAGAUCUCUAUCAAACUGACUGCUGAUCAGCUGGAGCACGUAACAAAGGAGAUUGUAAAGGAUGCACUGGAAAUUGGAGCUGCUUAAGGAGACAGCGGUUCCGCCCCUAUCUGCAGACUGCUGUUGAUAGACACCACCGUCCAUCCAUUGCAAGCUCAUUUUGUGUCCUGUGAAAAUGGAUAAAUAAAACUAAGCUAUCAUUUCA